UAAUACGAUAAGUCUCAUUAUACAAUCAAACAACUCUCUAGUUUAAUUGAGGGAACAUCGGCAGAUACAAAAGCCUAACUUGAUGCACAAGUUUAAUGAAACCUAGACCUAAUCUCUAAAAGAAGACUAACAAAGAAAAAUAAGGCAGGAAUCACAAAAAUGGAGGAAGAAGAGAAAAACCCUAGUUCGAUCUACAUAAUUUCCGACCUACUAGAAGAAAUAUUCCUUCGACUUCCCUUGCAAUCGAUUCUCAUAUCCAAAAGCGUGUCAAAACGAUGGAGAUCACUUCUUGAAUCGAAGACGUUCGUGGAGAGACGAAUGCGUCUUCAAAAGAACCGUAAACUCCUGGCUGCUUACAACUGCGACUGCGGCCGGGAGCCUAGGCUACUCCAGGGGACACGGUCCAAAGGUGGUGAAAAGAUGGUAUAUCUGCAUUGCAAUACGGCAAGACCCUCGUUGACUUGCGACGGUUUGGUCUGUAUCCUAGAACCACAUUGGAUUGACGUUUUGAACCCUUGGACGAGACAACUCAGGCGAUACGCAUUCGGAUUUGGAACCAUGAUUGGAGUAUGGACUGCUUUCUCUCCGAUAAAUUGGGCAAUGGGAUUUGGUAAGGACAAAGUUACGGGCAACUAUAAAGUAGUGAAGAUGUGUUUAUUACCUUCCAGUGAAGUUAGGGUCCGUGAUCCUGAGAUGGAGUAUAGUGUUCUUGAUGUUGAAACUGGUGAAUGGCGGAUGUUGAGUCCACCUCCUUGUAAGGUCUCUGCGGUAAAAGGAUCUGUGUGUGUGAAUGGAUUGAUUUACUGGUUACACUACACUAAUGAGAGGAUUCACCAAGUACUAGCCUUGGAUCUUCACAAAGAAGAGUUCCAUAAUGUCUCAGUUCCGGCUAUGAGUGUCAUGCAAGAAACCAAUAUAGUGAACCUUGAUGGCCGUCUGGCCAUAGCCAAUACCUAUACCACAGCUGAAUGGAAACUAGAGAUUAUGAGCAUGGAUACAGAAGUAAAAAGAUGGACCAAGACUUACUCCAUACCUUUAGAGAACAGAGUUGUUUCCCAGGAAAGGCAGAACAGGUGGUUCACCCCGGUCUCAGUUUCUAAGCAAGGAAAUCUUGUCUUCUAUGAUAAUCAUAGCAGACUUUUCAAAUAUUAUCCAAGGAAAAAUGCGAUUAUGUGUAUCUCCUUAGCCACUUGUGUUAUAUCUCCUUUCUUUGAAAAUCUGGCACCACUUCCUUUGACAUCAAUCCUUCCCUAUCCUCAUCUGCGCAGGAGAUCGAGAUGCCCCCUGUUUUCAAGAUCGAAUGCAUUCAGGGUCCUAGAUAUUAUCUUAACCACUCUAGUAACAGUAGUAGGUUUUCUUUGGUUGUCUCGCAAAGAGUCCUAA